ACUAUAGUCGCAAAAGGCAAUUUCAAAACUAUUUUAGUAUUUUAUACACUAAUAACUAUCCUUUAAAAUGUGAGAGAAAUAUUUAUUUGCAUUAGUAAUAAUGCUAAAAGCGCCCCCCAGAACUAGAGUUAUAAGAAAAGCUAUACGCAACAUACAAAAAAGUGCCAUUGACGGUGGAUUAAACGGGGUCUUACUGAGACAGUAUGAUUACGUUUGCAAUUAUAAUAAUGAAACAGCAAACAAAGUUUACAACAGGAAAUUGGUGGUGGCGAUAGUUGUAGUUUUUCUAUCGGUAGUGAUAAGCGUGAGUUUAGGAAAUAGCGUAUUAAGUGUGAGAUGUUUAUUACCUAACAAUUACCUUGUGUGGGAAGCGACUCGGCCGCUGGCAGAUUGCGCAUAUUGUGCUAACGUCACGAAACCCAUUAUAUUACGGAACGUCUCCCGGCGAGACUUUACUAACUAUGCAUAUUCAUCUAGACCUAUCAUAGUUAAAAAUGCCAUAAGCCACUGGAGAGCUACGGACCUUGACUUUUACAAAUUCAAGAGGCUAUAUGAGAAUACUGUGGGGAGCUAUGAGAGUGUUGACGAAGGAUGCCAAUUUCUUAAUUUCAAAACAGAUCUGUUUACAUUGAAGGAAGUAUUUAAUAUGCCUGAUGCCAGGGCUAGGAAUGAGCCAGGGCAGAAACCCUGGUAUGUUGGUUGGGGAAAUUGUCAUCCAGAUAUUUUAGCUAAAGUCAGACAAUAUUAUAACAUGCCAGAAUUCCUUCCUGAAGAUGCAGAGUUCCCAGCAACUGAAAAUAUCUUCUUUGGAUAUGAAAUGGGAGCUGUUAUGCAUCUGGACUAUAUUUCAAGACUGAUGUGGCAGGGGCAAGUAAAAGGUGUCAAGUGGUGGUUGAUUGCCCCAGUGCCUGAAUGUGAUGAUGUUUGCCAUAAGCUUCAGUAUUAUGUUGAACCAGGAGACAUUGUUUUUUUGGAUACCAGAUUGUGGUACCAUGCCACUAGCAUCCCCAAGGGUCAAUUCUCACUGACCGUGCAGUCUGAAUAUGGGUAAAAUAAGGACCAAUUUAUUUAAGUCACUUCUAAGUACAAAAUAAGCAUUCUUUUCUACAUAUCGACAUGCCAAAAUUUUACAAUGUUUUUUUAUUUACACUAUUUAUUACUCUUCAAAUGUUUUCUUUAUUGUAAGGUGCCAUUUUUAUGUAGUCCAACUACUAUCAUCUGCCAAAUUAGCUUUAGGUAUUUGCAAUAUUUUGUUGAUGUGCAAUUUACACUUGUCUUUAUACUCUGAAUAAACUUUUAUAAACUU